ACGAGUUAGGUUGUCAUGUAGUAACCAACAGAAGGUUACGAGUUAAAAAAUAUAUAUGAUUAUUUGAUCGUCUGACUGGUUUUGCGUAAAGAGAAGAGAUAUGGAAUGAGUCGGAUACCACAGAUGCGAGUCUUGUGUUGUUUUUGGAGACAUUAUUUAGACAUUUUUUAUAUUCGUGGUGAUCGACGAGAUACCUCGCUUCACGCGGUCGUUGAACUCGCGAUGCUGGACAGAUCGCUGCAUCAUCAUGUUGCUUCCGAGUUAGCGAAAGAAAUCACAAGUUACACCAGGGGGGCAGUGAGUCGUCGUCAUUUAGCUACAGAGGCCACCCGACAAUUGCAAGCAGAAAAAGAGGGAUGCAUUGGCUACAUUUGUUGAUUUGUCUUGUUGGCACUUCAGUGAUACAUUGUCGCGCCCGGUGAUGUGAAUUAGGAAGAUCAGUAAGUGUUUACAUUGUAGCCUAUCAGUUGUGUUUAUGCCUGGGAUUGGCGCGAUGUUCCUCCUAAUUUGUUGGGUGGGUGCGAUCGUAAUUAGCCAAUAUUUUGAUUAUGGGCACAGUGGCUGAAUUUGGGAUAAAUAAAAACUAAAAAUCAUUAUUUUUCAAACACAAUUUUCCAGUGAAACAAGCUAAUCUAUCCAGACCUAGCCUACAUCGUAAUCAUCUGGAAUAUAGGAGGUUCAUGUGUACUGUUAUUGACUCCAUCAUCAUCAAAUGACCUCUUGGACUUGUCAAGGGAGUGCACAUGUUUAGUGUCUGUUUGAUUACACAAUUUGUGUAGGAUAGGCUAUCGACUCAGACACCGGACUCUGCUCGGAUUAUGAUCAUGACCCUGGAAUGUAUGUAUAAUCGCCAAAGAGAUGUUGACUCCAUUGAACUAUGCUGGUGACAUUUCUCCUAAACUAACAAAUAGCUUACAUAGUCUUGUGCUGCUGACUCGUAUUGGAUAGGCUACGUAUUGAUUUUAGUGGGUAAUUGUGCCACUGUCUCAGUACUUGGUCUGUUUUAACCACACAAUGGAAUACAACAUAAAUAGCCUAUCUAAAUAGGUUGCAAAUGGGUUCAUUUCAAAGUUCCGUUGCAUCCUAUGUGUUCCUGACGCGUGAGUAAUCAUUGGUCACAAUCCACGCCUGUAACUGCAUCCACGUGGAGUUCAUGUAGGUCUACUUGAAAACUUUGGGUCGAGGAAACUUCCAGCCGUGACGCACAGACGGCUCCCUCUGCUGUAGUCCUGCUGCAAAAAAGUGACAGCUUUUGAUUUUUGCUGUCAUACAGCAGAGAGGAAGAGGUAUUGACUCAAUAAGGGAAAAGUAGGCUACAGCAGAUUAAAAACAUCUGUCUAAAAUGGCCGGCGACUGCAACUAUAAGAUGCAUUAUGUGAAUGAUGACACAUUUUCUCCAUCCAAACCUCUACUGGACCAAGCGCGGGUGCCCACGGGGGAGCCCGACGCCCCCAGUGUUCUGCAGGGGCGUGGGUCCAUUUAUUGCUCGCCAAACUUUGACAUGAUUGAUGGUCUGCUGUACCGUAAGAAGUUGGAGAGAGGUUUCAUCCACUACCGGGAGGUGCUAGACGAGGACCGACGACUCGGGGCGAUCGCCACUUUCCACCGGCGGCGGCCAGGCAUGUGCCACCACUCCCUGGAGGAUACGUACAGAUCAGUGGCCGAGAACUACUGGUGGGAGGGGAUGUACUUCCAGAUCCGAGACUUUGUCCGGGGAUGUCCAGCGUGCCUGGAGCAGAGGAACAAGAGACCCAAGAAGCGUGUGGGUGAGAGGCGUCUCUCUCAGACGAUGAUGUCACACAGCCGUGACAUGCUGAGUAAACUGAGGAGCCAGCGGGAGGCGGGGCUGUUCUGUGACAUCACUCUGAGGACUGACGGGUGCUCUUACUCCGCCCACAAGGCGGUGCUGGCAGCGGUGAGCGAGUACUUUCAGGAAGUAUUCACUGAGAUGGACUCCGCCCCUAGCUCCAGGUCUGACAUCGACCUCACAGGUUUCAGUGAGUCUAUCCUGAUGUCUCUGCUGGACUUCUCCUACUCCUCUAUUCUGUGUGUGUCUGAGGAGGACCUUCCAGAGGUCAGCACUAUGGCCCGUCACCUGGGCAUGUGGCCUGCCGUGGAGGCCUGUUCUGCCCUCCAGACUGAGCAGGGAUACCACGCCGCCCAAUACCCCACCAUGGAGCAUCCUGCCCUGGGCUUCUCAUCGCAGAUCCCUGGAUCUCCCCUGGAGCUCCACCACCACCAGAGGAACAGGAGGAAGAAUAGGGGGUUGGCUGGAGAGGGCAGGGAGAGGGUGGCUGGGGGUAGAAGGGUAAGUGGUGUGGAUGAUGGCUUCAGACAAAUUCUGGAUCAGACCAAUGAGUCGAGGGAGGAGAGCCCGACCAGGCGGUCACCCCGUCGCCCCCCCGGACCCAGCCCCCUCCCCCUAGGGCAGAACGGUCUCCCCCUCAGCCCCACCCGCAGGAUGAAGCUCAUGGACUUCAAAUCUCCGUCUUGUAAAAUAUCUUCUCCUCCAAAAAACGUAUCCUCCAACCCCCGCUCCCGAAACACCCAAUCUUCCUCCUCCUCGUCCCACACGCGUCUUCUCCGCUCUACUCCCGGGGCCGCCCAGGAAGUUCAGAGACUGCUUCCCAGGACAGAGAGCCCUCCUCGGGGCCGAAAACCUCACCCUGUCCCCCAUCCUGCCUCCAACUCCAGCUCCACACAGAGGGCUGGCUCUGAGGCCCCCAUAGUGAGGGUGAAGCAGGAGGAAGAGGGGGACGAGGAUGAGGAAGAUCAUUUCCGAGCGCUGGAGAAGUACCGCCUGAUGAGCGUGCUCGGGUUACAGAGGACGUCCCUCCUUCCCAGACCAGAGGAUCUGAUUGGCUGGAGGCAGAAAAAACGCCUCCGGAAGUUGAAGGUCAAUAACUAUUCGUUGACCAAGAGGAGGAAACCUCGCCUCCAGGCAUCAGGGGGGCUUACGUUCGGGGGGCCGCCCCUGUCACUCCCCCUAUGUACCCCUGCCAAAGCCCACUUCCUGAGCAGGAUCAUAAAGACGGAGCCUGAGUAUCCAAUCAGCAUGGAGAGACUGAAGAAACCCAGGCAGCCCCGGCGGUUUCCGCCCAGUGACAGGAGCAUGCGCAGUAAAGUAGUGUUACCAGACCUGCUGCAGCCCGUGUCCAGGCUGGUCUACGGAGGGAGGGAUCUCAGGAGCUCUGUAAGGGGUGUUGAGGCCAGCCACCCCCCUCCACCCCUCCCACCCUGUUCUGGGAACACAAGAGUUCCAAAUCCCAAGAGGAACAUCUCUACUGUCAGGAUCAAACCCGAACCUGCAGACUAUGCCAUCUCAGCACCAUCCAUCCCCUCAGAUGGCCAACGCCCAAACCCACACCUCUCCCCUCCCAGGGCCCACCUCAGGCACAAGGUCACCACAGAAACUGUCAGAGCGCUCCGCUACAACAGUGGGCGUCCGAUGGCCAAAGAUAAGCUGAAGCGGAGUGGCAUGAAAGAGGCUGGGAGAGCCCAGCGUAAGCCCAGAGAGGAGAGCAUGAGGACCGGGAGCAGCCAAGGAGUGAGAAGGAUCAUGGAGAGAGGGCCUGGAGGUCUGAGCAGUAGGGAGACGAGCAGCAUCCUCAGCCCUGAUCCUGUUCCUCCUCCCAUCCACAGCCAUCCUCUGUACAGGGUCAUCAAGGAGGAACCAGCAGACCCUCUACCUGUGGCGGGGUCCUUCCCCGAGGCACCCUCCCUGUCCUCCUCCCCAGAGCUGGGCAAAAGGCAGAUCAAGCCCCCUGUCAAGCUCCUAGACCCAGGCUUCCUCUUCAGCUUCUGCCGGCCGGCAGGAGGGCCCAUGUUGGGGGUGAAGAGGGAGGAGGAGAGUGUGGAUAUCUGCCUAACACGGUCGGUCUCAAGGGUAGAGAGACUUGGUUCCGGGGGGGCCCCAGCCAGGGUCCUGAGGGCCAGAGGAGGCCCCCCCACUCUCCACAGGGUGAAGAAGGAGAGGGAAGAAAGGAGUGUAAGCCAAAGUCCAAUCCAGAGGCAGGGGCCACCAAGGGCUGUCAACUCUCACCAACACAAACCCCCCCACCUGGAUAGAGCCACAGGGUCAAAGGGUGCUUGCGUUGCACGGGACAUACCAAAGAAGCCAGCUAAGCCCCUGCCUAGCCGAGGCCCUGCCCUGUUGGACUCGAUCCGCCGGGCGAGGCUAAAGCAGCUGCGGGGUCCUCGCAGUCAGGCCCCCAAGGACAAGUCAUCCCACGUCUGCCUGCAGUGCCGGGCAUCCUGUAAGGACUGUAACGCCCUCAUCAUGCAUCGCAUCAGGCACAUCGUGGGCAAGCACUGGCCCUGCCCUCUGUGCAAUAAGACAUUCUUCAGGAUGAGGAAUGUGAAGAACCACAUUCGGACCCACGACCAGAGGCUGUAUAAGUGUCGCAGCUGUUUGGCUGCAUCCUGAGACUGGGGAAGGAGGGUUGAAGCUGUCUACAUUGACUGACGGGAUGAGGAGAGGCACAUUGUUAAACUGCAAGCUUGUAAAUACAAAGCAUCAGUCCACAUCCAAACACAAGUCUACCAGGAGAAAUGUAGUUACUAUUAUGAUGAUGAUUAUGAUUAUUGUGGCAAUUCUUGAUUGGUAAUGUUAUUUAAAAAAUAACUUAAUUUCUUGUUUGCAUUUUAGGUAGCUACAGGGGUUUAAACUUGAAAAUUCACUCAGGGGGUGGGGAACUGUGAGGUCACUGUAUUUAAAUGGUCGACGACGUCACAGUAUGUAAAUUAGAAUGGAAAUUAUGGAGAAUUAUUAUGAUAAUGAUUACUACUAUUGCUAUCAAUAUUUUUGUAUGUAUAGACUGAAUCUGAGUGCACCUAUACCAUAGCUUUGUUGUAAACCUAAAAUAAGUUGAUGUAAAACGGAGGGGUAGCCGGAGAGCAGUCCCAGGUGGAAAUACUUGAAGGUUCACAGGGUCGAUUUGGAGAUGGAAUUGGAGAGUGUUUCUUAAAGUCGGAAGACGAGGAGGGUUGUUGGGUUUCUACUCUCUUUGGUGUUCAGAGAUGGUAUGAGUUGGCUAGUAUCGCCUCAUGUAUCGGUUCUCUAGUCUAACCUUUGUCCAGGGUUAGGGUUUGGGAAAGGGGGUUAGGAGGGGGGAAUAGGCCCAAUCACAAAAUGACCCCUAAACACCAUGCCCUAUGCACUUGUGGAGAUCGUAGCACAUUUGAUUGAUUGAAGCAAUAUGGAGAAACUUCCCCAUAGUAGAUCAAAUGGAAAGGUAGAUGUAUUAUCAUAUUGCUUACACAUGUCAUAUCCUCUCAGAUCUCCAUAAGUGCAUUGAGUCUAGGGGUCCAUUUGAGAUUGGGCCCAUGAGUUCGCUAGUUUGGGGUAAGGGGGUUCUAUGACAUCCCUGCAUGUUUGACUGCAGGUCUGUUUCCUCCCCUUGUCUUUUCCAAUCUUACUAUAUGUCUAUGAAAGGGAAAACUGUCAUGUCUAAAUGUGAAUUUGUAAAAUUACUUUCUCAAUACUGAAGUUUGUUUCUGGAUUAUAUACAGUUAUUUUGGCUCGGUAGUCCAGAACGUUUUAUUUGAAAGGAUGCAAUGACUAUAGGGUUAAAGUGCAUACGGCCGGCUUUCAUUUGAGGGUAUUUUCAUCCAUAUCAGGUGAACAGUUUAUAAAUUACAGCACUUUUUGUACAUAGUCUCCCCCAUUUUAGGGCACCAAAAAUAUUGGGACAAAUUCACUUGUGUAUUGAAAAGUUUAGUAUUUGGUCCCGUAUUCCUAGCAUGCAAUGAUUACACCAAGUUUGUGACUCUACAAACUUAACAUUUGUGCGUCAAACGUUCACUAAUUAUUAUUCACGAUUCAUUCAGGACUAUUCGUAAUCAUGGUAGAAACACAUUUUAAUUUACAAAAGAAGUGACUCCAAAAUGAUACAAUACAUUAUUUACCAUUCAUUUCUAUUGGGAACAACAUAAUCUGAAACAAAGAAAACAGCAAAUGCAUCCAACAAGUCUGUAGAGCAGGGCUGCCCAACCCACGAUGUUCAGCCCAACCCACGAUGUUCAGCCCAACCCACGAUGUUCAGCCCAACCCACGAUGUUCAGCCCAACCCAAGAUGUUCAGCCCAACCCAAGAUGUUCAGCCCAACCCAAGAUGUUCAGCCCAACCCACGAUGUUCAGCCCAACCCACGAUGUUCAGCCCAACCCACGAUGUUCAGCCCAACCCACGAUGUUCAGCCCAACCCAAGAUGUUCAGCCCAACCCAAGAUGUUCAGACCAACCCUAAUUUAGCAUAUCUGAUUCAGCUGGUUAAGGUGUUGUUGAACAGCUAAUUAGUAGAAUUGAGUGUGUUAAAUUAGGGUUGGACUGAAAACCCACAGGAUAUCCAGGAAGAGGGUUGUGCAGCCUUGCUGUGGAGUCAUAAACUUGGUGUAAUCAUUACGUGCUAGGAAUAUGGGACCAAUUACUAAACUUUUGGUGCCCUAAAAUGGGAGGACUAUUUACAAAAGUUCUGUAAUUUCUAAACAGGUCACCUGAUAUGGAUGGAUAUACCCUCAAAUUAAAGCGUCCAGUCUGCACUUUAACCUGUCAUUGUUUCAAAUCCAAACUUCUGGAGUAUAGAUCCAAAAUAAGAAAAAUACUGCAAUAUCCCAAUAAUGGAGGGCACUGUAUAUGUUUCUCCUUUUUGAAUUAAACUAGGAUGUUUGGCCUUUAAAUAGUUUUUUUUCUUCUCAUAUUUAAGAACCUCUCUCGUACUGAAUGCAACGCGUGCACAUACUAUGGAGACAUUGAAGAUGUUCCGAAUUUGAUUGGAAGUUGGAUGAUUCACUCUCCUUUUGGUUCUGUAAAAAGAAUGAUAUGGAAUAAAUGUUUGCCUUUUA